UUCCCCUCCCUUCAUUCCAUCCACCCAGUCGUCCAUCUCUACUCUCUUCAUUCACGCAUCCCGAUUUUCACAUCGCCUCCUCCGGCAUAAUGACCAACGAUUCCCCGGAGGAGGAGAGCCGAGGAAGGAGGGUAAUUCGGCCGAGCCGGGCAGAUGACAAUGUCACCAUCCUGACAUCAUCCAUGGAUGUUUACCGAAGCCGCAGCCGGGCCAGCAGCAGCAACGACGCUGGCGCUAGCUUCACAUCCUCCGCGGAUUUGAGCACCUCCUCCCUGGAACUGAGCAUCCAGACGCGGAUCUUUAAGAUAAUCGUUAUCGGGGACUCCAACGUGGGGAAGACGUGUCUCACCUUCCGCUUCACGGGCGGGAGCUUUCCCGACAAGACCGAAGCCACCAUCGGUGUGGACUUCAGGGAGAAGGCGGUGGAAAUUGAAGGAGAGACGAUCAAGGUGCAGGUAUGGGACACAGCUGGCCAGGAGCGAUUUCGUAAAUCCAUGGUAGAACACUACUACCGUAAUGUCCAUGCAGUAGUCUUUGUUUAUGAUGUCACCAAAAUGGCUUCCUUCCGCAAUCUGCAAACAUGGAUAGAGGAGUGUAAUGGUCAUCGGGUUUCAGCAUCAGUACCUCGAGUCCUAGUUGGGAACAAGUGUGACCUAGUAGACAACGUACAGGUGCCAUCCAACAUGGCGUUGAAGUUUGCAGACUCCCACAACAUGCUUCUGUUCGAGACAUCUGCAAAGGACCCAAGAGAGAGUCAGAAUGUAGACUCAAUCUUCAUGUCACUGGCCUGUCGUCUGAAAGCCCAAAAAUCUCUACUCUACAGAGAUGUGGAGCGGGAGGACGGGAGAGUGCGACUCACACAAGAAACUGAGACAAAGACUAAUUGUCUUUGUUGAAGAAAAAUGCAAUUGGUAGAAGUAAUAGAAUGGAAUAUUGUUCUUUGGAAAAACAGUACAUGUCAUGGAGGGGGAGGAGAGUGAUAAUGGGGCUGUAAAACAAGCGUUUUAAUGUAUUAUUACUGGUUUAGGAGCAAGAUGAUACUUAUGACUGACACUGAAAGCAACAUGUCUUGUGGAAGAGGAAGUGAGGUAACUUUUGCUCUGGACUUUAGCCCAAGUGAAGAGGAAAAAUACUGUAUGCUGAUGAUGGAUCUAAGGAAAAAUGAACUUGAUACAGUAUUUCCUCAGCUAGUGACCGUUCCUCGAAUAGGCGCCUAGAGGUGAAGUUAACAGUGGAGUUUAAAGAAAAAGUAUUUCAACACUAACCCAAAAAUAAUUAGGGAUCGGAAAUAAUAAAAGAAUGAUGAAAAGGGAAAAAAAUGCACUUAACUGGAGAGAGAAGGAAAACAAAGAUAAAAAGUCUUGUCAGUCUUAUAAUCAAGCAUCAUUAGUAAUUUGUGAAAUUGAUUAUUAUUAUUAUUAUUUAAAGGUAUUUCUACAAAUAAAUGCCUCCCCUCAAAUCACAGCCUUACACUUAAUAGACUCCAGCUCUCAAGUUGAGUAAUUAAACCCCUCCAUACAGACAAGAUUAGUCAAAAGGACUUGAUGAAAGAACCAGCAUAGAUACUGUAUGUCCUUUAUCACUGUAAGUGUUAUUAACUCUGUUUUUUUCUAUAUUAUUUUGACUUGAAAAACUGUAUUUCCUAUGUUCUUCAUACUUUUUUUGCCUUAAUAAUCCAUCUGAGUUUGAUGAAUUGGUCAGCCAUCAGUAGUACAGAAGCUUCAGAUAGUAUCAUGGUUUACUAUAUACAAAUCCCAAUUCUAAUGAAGUUGUCACAUUCUGUAAAACAAAUUAAACAGGUAGAAUGAUUUGCCAAUCCAUUUUAACCUAGAUUCAAUGGAAUGCACUA